UAACCAAAAGGACAAAGGAAAACAGCACUCUGAUGGAGACUAAAGUUUAUUCUAAUGAUGUUGAUCAUUACCGUGCACCAUCAUACAGUCACGCAACAGCUUUCUGGAUUGUGGUUAACAAACAAAUUACAAUUUCCAUCCUCCUCGGCAUUGUGGUCCUUCUUAGCCUUGUCGGAAACAUUCUGGUUGUUGUGGCCAGCGUAUUGUAUGUGAGGCUUCGAUCACUGAUGAGCAUCUUCAUACUCAACUUGGCUCUGUCAGACCUGCUGUUCACUGUUGGAAUGCUGUUCUGGAUCUGUGAUUACAUCUGGCAUUUGGAUCUUGGAGACACCGUUUGCAAAAUGUACAGGUUUUUCUUCUCAGUCGGAUGUUACAGCAACGUGGUGUUCCAGGUGUUGAUGAGUUUUCAGCGCUACAUGGCCGUGGUGCACCCUCGCACAGGUUGGAAGAAAGGACAAAGUGUCAAAGAUGUUCUUAUCUGUGCGUGGGUGAUGAGCAUCUUGGCAGCAUUGCCAGUCACAGUGCACUUUAAAACAUAUCCUUACUUAGAAGGCUGUACAUACAGCAGUGAUACUGCAUUUGCUGCUAGUAUGUAUAAAGGGAUCUUUGUUUUUUUGUGCUCCUUUUUGUUCAUGGCUUUUUGCUACAUCAGGAUUCUGCAAAACAUCAAGUCAACAACAAAUCAGGAACACAAAACUACUGGACUCGCCUUCACUCUGUCAGCUACCUACUUUGUUUUUUGGGGUCCUUAUAGCAUAGUGACUUUUAUGACCAUCUUCUCAGAUUAUCAUCAGAUGAGGUUUUUUACUGAGAACUGGACAGAUAAAUUUUACAGUCGGCUCUCCCUUAUUCUGUCUCUCACCCGAUGCUGCCACAAUCCACUCAUCUAUGGUUUGUUUAUUUCAAAGUUCAGUAAGACUACACGAGAGAUUUUUCAAAGGCGAGCUACUCCAAACCCUUUGGGAAUUUGAAGGUGGUCGUUCUGACAGUUCUUCACUCAUAAGAGUGAUGAUUGUGAUUGUCAAAAUUCUCCUCACAUUCAAGCUUUAAGCCCAGGUGAAUUUUAUUUACACUUUGUCCAACUAGUUCGGUGUUUUUUCUGAUAAUUUUUGUUAGUUUUGUUCGGUUUUUGCCUCAUGAGGAUAUAUUUGCACUUCCUUUGUUGAUUUUAAACGAAUAAAACUAACCUGAAUUUAGGAAUUUGCUUGUAGUGGUUAAAUACCUGAGUAAUAAUGAAUUUUCUUUCUAAUUGUGAAGUAUGAUUUGUCUGC